AAAAUGAAGAGCCCUCUGCGUCUGUCGACAGUCCUGUUUAUCCUGUCGUUCGCCUGUGUGGUCCUGGCCAACAGCAGUAGCAGCAGUACCAGCAGCUCCUCACCCAAGAUCUGUGUCCUGCGGAACUGCAACUGGAACUCCAGCACGAACGCCUGUGGCCGCUAUGGACGCUCCAAUCUGUGCAAUCGCUUCAAGAACAGCUGCACCCUGCGAUACGAGUCCUGCGUGGGCUCCACCACCUACACGGCGGUCAGUCUGUCCCAGUGCUCCGGGAUCAGCGUGGGUUCCCGUGGAACCUGCGGAGGAUCGUCGUCCUCCUCCUCAUCCUCGUCCUCGUCCUCAAACGUUGUACCCAUUAUCAUACGCAGGGGCUGA